GGGAAACCACAUGUUACUAACUGUUUAGUUUUCACUUGCUAGGGCUAUUUCAACACACAAAGUGAUAGGAGCAUACAUGAUGAUGAAAUGACUUGAUGCAUGACUUAAACUAUCAGGGACACCCCUGGCUUAGUCUCACUCGACAGGAUCACCCCUGCACUCCGGUCAUCGUUCCCGUACGAAUAUGGCUAGCACUCAACAGAAUUCGCAGGCUGGACGUGCAAUCCAAAAACCAAUUCUCCGAUCCUCUCCAAGGCACAAGAAACCUGAAGCUCUUUCAAGCCGUAAUGAACUGCAAUGUCAUAGUUCCCCAAAACCCAAGCUCCGAAAAUCUCCCAGGCUAAAAAGAAAAGAUCAGCCAAGCACUUUGACAGUGGUGCAGGCAUUGAGUGGCUCAAGGUCAAAGAACGUGCAAAGCCAUUCUACUCCCUUGCCCGUCACCCCAAAGCCAAAUCCUAUAUUUGACAAUGUACAAAAACAGAUCAAGCAGAAGAGAAAGCGGGAAGAAGUAGAAAGUGAAAGUGUCGCCAAGCCUUCUGGGGGUGGGUUGAAACUCCGAAAACGUGGAUGUGUUUCAAUGCACCACGUUGUGAAACGUAAGAUAAAUGGACAGAAACCAACGGUUUUGUUUAAUGAUAAGGGACAACCGUAUGGUGUGGCUACUGCAGAGAUGCAAUCUUAUAUUGGAGUUUUGGCCAGGACAAAAGCUCCAAUAUGGUUUGACACUUGGAGAAUUCCGGUUCCUUUUCAGGAGUUCUUAAGGGAACAAGUAUGUUCUGGUGUGCUUACUGAAAAAGGUGAUGAUGAUGUAUUGACCAAGGCUCUUGGGAAGCCCGAGCACGGUGGCAGAGUUCGAGGUCAAGGAAUGCAUGUGAGGAAGGCUGUGUAUUUCAAUCUCCCGCAGUCAAAGAAGCAAAAGACACAAACAACGGUUGAUGAGCAAGUGAAGGAGGGUGUGAGACAACUUUUGGCAGAGAAGGUGAAUAACAUUGUUGCUUCAAGAGAUGCUUUUUGGAUGGCUGAGAUAGAGAAGUUGAAAUCAGAGAUCUGGAAGAAACAAGGAAGUAGUAGUCCCGCUGUCCCUUCCCAAGAGGCUAGCUGCUCACCUAAAUUCAGGGAAGAGAAUAAUGACAUUGGUGAUGAGUGUAAUCAUAAACUGUCUGUGGCUGAGCAUGCUGAUGAGAAACAAAAUGAAAAAGAAAGAGAAAAGAAUGAGAGUGAAGAUCAAGAAAUUGAUACUGUGCAGAAGCUUGUGGAAGUUGGAGGACUUAAAGUAGAGAAGAAAGCAGAAAAAGAUGUCUUCGUUGAUGUUGAUUCCGGGGAGAGCCAAAUGGCACAGCUUGCUGUUGGUUCUUUGGACAAUAUUGUUGCACAUGCAAAGGUGUAUGGAUUCUCCCGGAUGGAUGACCUCACCUACAUGGUGAAAAACUGGGUGAAGAAUAUGCAAAGGUGUCCAUUACAGAAGCAAUACAAGAUGAUCUCUUUCGUGGAUCCCGGCAUGGUAGGGACGCUUGCAUGUGGGAACAUAGGGCAGAGGUCACGCAAGCUUGCUGAUCGCUUUAAGGGGGCCUGUGAUGGACAACACUUUCUAAUACCGUUCAAUGACGUGAAUCAUUGGGCUUUGAUUGUUGUCAAACCUAAUGAAGAGGUAGUGUACUACAUGGACCCCCUUAAACAGCGUAUAGAUAGUCAGGAGUGGACUGAAGUGGUUGAUAAUGCUAUAGUUUUGUACAAGAAUACCAUGAACACACUUAUGUUGAAGAAGAAAGUGUACUAUGAUUCUUAUUAUUUAGUAUGUAAUGCAGUCAUGCAGCUUCCCAUGCGCCGUGGUCUGUGUCCAGCAGCAUCUCAGGUUGAGGCCGAGUACACGCGAUCUGGUCUCUUAAGACUUCCGACGAGGAGCCGGCUGACUGUGAUCCAAAGCUGAGCGCGUUCUCCCGGGGUCGAGUGUGGGGACGUCCCGACGCGGCAGCUCCUCUGAGACUUUGCUUUCUUUCAAUUACGCCUAACCGAGUAGGCUAGGUUUGAAUUGUGCCAUGUUGGGCCGCUGUUCCUGUCGGGCUAGAUACCCUCAUUUCGGGUUAUCCAUCAGAAAGAUAAUGAAGGUGAAAUUGUUCC